AUGUCUUUAGGGCACAAGGAUUGGCAGCCAUGGGUCGUGGAAGAGGAGCAGGCUUUGCCAUUAUUGAAAGUCGCUUAUGACAGAGGCGUCAAUACUUGGGAUACUGCCAAUGUCUACAGCAAUGGCGUCAGCGAGGAACUCAUUGGCAAGGCUAUCAGAAAAUACAGCAUUCCACGCGAGGACCUGGUCAUCCUCACCAAGUGCUCUUCGUGGGUGGGCAACUCGCCAGACUCCAAAGCAUAUAUGUUUCGUGAGGAGUGCAACCAAAGCAAAGACUAUGUCAACAAAGGCGGACUAUCAAGAAAAGCCAUCUUCUCUGCCGUAGAUGCAAGUCUGCAGCGCAUGGGAAUUGAAUACAUCGACCUACUACAAAUUCAUCGUUUCGAUGCCAACACGCCCAUGGAGGAGACAUUGGAAGCUUUGCACAGCUUAAUAAAAAGCGGGAAAGUGAGAUACAUUGGUGCUUCGAGCAUGUGGACGUACCAAUUCGCCACCAUGCAGCACAUAGCGGAGAAGCACAAUUGGACGAAGUUCAUCAGCAUGCAGAACCACUACAACCUCCUCUACCGUGAAGAAGAGCGGGAGAUGAACCGCUUCUGCAACGAGACGGGCGUUGGCCUGAUCCCUUGGUCCCCACUAUGUCGUGGUCAUCUCGCACGACCGCCGACCACCCCGAUAACGUCGAUCCGUACAACGUCGGAGGAAAAAAUGAAAUCGUUCUUGCAAACGGGGUACGCCGAUAAAGACCAGGAGAUAAUUCGAAGGGUUCACGAAUUGGCUGAGAAGAAAGGGUGGUCGAUGAGCAACGUAGCGUUGGCGUGGCUCAAUCGUAGAGUGACAAGUCCGAUCAUCGGGUGUAGUGGUAUCGAGCGCCUGGAUGAUGCGUUGGCGGUCAGAGGGAAGGUGUUGACUGCGGACGAGGAAAAGUAUCUUGAGGAGCUUUAUGUCGCUCGCGAUAUUUCCGGACACAACUAG